GGGUGGGUUUGUUUUGCUGCCUAAUGCCGCGUUAGUUCGCCACGACGCGCGGCACCCGUUCGCCUCGUCAGACGAACUGCGCUGCCCUUGCGGUUCGGCCGCCCCGCGCCGCUCUUAUUGGCAUAAAAAAAAAGCGCUCCAAGAUGCCCAUGGUGCUGCGAUCCAGGAGGUCCGUCCGCCCCGGCGAGGCGAGCGAGGUCGAGUCACUGGACGCGACGCCGGCGAGACGGAGACGGUCGACGCGCCCGCACGCCAGCACUACGUACGAGGAGUCCGACGAGUCCGACUCCGAGAGUGUCCGGGGCCCAGAGAUGGAGAGAGCGCAGAGUCCCCCGGACGAGCUGGAGGAGGAAGCUGCUGCCGCCGAGGAGGAGGCAGAUGUGACGGAUCUCAAACAUUGCAGUGUUUUGCUGAACCGUCUGCAGGCGGACGACAAGGCUGCAAGGAAAGAGCUUGACGAGAAAGAAGACAUGAACCGCAAGGGUGGGAAGCCCGUCUCUCGGAUUCCGACCUUCUUUAAACGACCUUCCGGUGCAAGCCAGAGCACGGAGCUGCCUGUUCCCAAAAAAGAUACCCCCGUCCAAGCAUCUGAGCCUCAAGACGAUGCUGGAUGUGGAAGUGUGGAGGCUUCAAAGGCCAAACCGCCCGAUGUCAGAGACAUGGCGCUCCCCGUGCCAUCAGUCCGAGUCCCCAAAAUCGGCCUUGAAGCCCCAUCUUUAUUCAGCAGUCCCGAAAAAGCUGCCACAACGGCUCAUAGCUCCCAAAUUGCUGCACCCAAGAGCUGGGGUUUGUCUGGAUCUGUUCAGAAUCCUCUCUUAACCGCAAGCCCCAGGCCUGCCAUCAGACCAGAACAAGGGUCAGAGCAGCAUUUGCCAGAGGAAGACGAGAGCAAAACCUCAGAAGUAGAAGCUGACACCGUACCAGAUGUCCCUGUACGUCACCUUUUACCUUUUGCCUCCCUCAGCCAAAAGCCACAGGAAGACACCGCAGAGAAGUCCGAUGUCGAGGUUGAAGAGAAGAUCACCCCCACUGCCUCUGAAGACUCCAACAAGUCCGAGUCUGCAGAGGGUUCUCACACAACCGAGGUCGGCCAAGUGGACGUCAUCAUGGACGAAGAAGCACCGUGGGAAAAGGAGCCAAUGAACAUACUUGAAUUAAAGGACAGUAGAUCUUCAUCCGAUGCAGAAAGCGAGGAGAGUUUGGCAGAUGAAAAGUCUGAGGUCCACGAUUUCGAAGAGGUGAAGGAACAUCAUGAAGCACACAUCGUCCAGUCGGAGUUUUCCGAAGUUGCAGAGGAAAGGCCCGAGAUGGACGAAUCCACCACUCCUGUAGCAGCAGGGACGCCUGCUGAUGUUGGAUCAACCAAGUCCACGAAGAGCUCAGGAUGCUCCGGUUUUGUCUUCCUCUGCAUCCUGCCCACCACCUUGCUGCUUCUCGGGGGGUUCGGUCAACAUGUCUGGCACUACGGGCUUCCCUCGUCCGUGGCCCAGCUCACGGCUCAGCUGGAGCUGCACUGGCUAGAAGGCUUUGGCUUAGUCCCAGAGCCUUGUAGCACUGAUUGUCGAGUGCAUCUGGUGGAGAGCAUCCCUGUGGGUCUCUACCCAUCUUCUCCCUCGUCCAGACGAAGCAUCGCCGACAGCUGGCUGCAUCUGCUGGACAGGGCCAACAGCUCCGUCCACAUUGCUGCUUUCUACUUCACGCUACGAGGCGGCGAUUUGGAGAACUCUGACGCUCAGGGACGAAAGGUCUUUGAGCACCUGAAACAACUUGAAUCUAAAGGUGUGAAACUCCAGAUUGCUGUCAACAGCCCCCAGAAAUCAACCCAAGACACAUCAGAGCUGGCUGCAACAGGUGCAGAAGUCCGAGAAGUGGACCUCCAAGCUGUGACUGGAGGCAUCGUCCACACCAAGCUGUGGGUUGUGGAUCAGAAGCACUUCUACCUGGGCAGUGCCAACAUGGACUGGCGCUCACUUAGUCAGGUGAAGGAGGUGGGUCUGUCGGUGGAGGACUGCAGCUGCCUGGCCCAGGAUGCCUCUCGGAUCUUCGGGGUGUACUGGAGCGUCGGUGGUGCGCACAAUGGAUCCCUGCCCCCCUACUGGCCCGCUCGCCUCUCUGCCCUGUCCAGCUCCCAGAAUCCUCUGCGCCUGAAGUUCAAUGGAGUACCUGCUCAAGUCUACCUGUCUAGUGCCCCUCCACAAAUCUCAGCCCGCGGCCGCACUGACGAUCUCUCCACCAUCUUGUCCGUCAUCGGCGACGCCCAGAAGUUUGUCUACAUCUCCGUCAUGGACUACCUUCCUCUGUCACAGUUCACAGAGCCGCUCAGGUUCUGGCCCGCCAUCGACACGACCCUGCGCGCUGCCGCCUGCACCAGAGGGGUGCAGGUCCGACUCCUGGUCAGCUGCUGGGAGCACUCGCCUGCCGCCAUGUUCACCUUCCUGCAGUCGCUGCUGGUGCUCAACAGGCCUCCGCUGAAGUGUGACAUCGACAUAAAAAUCUUUACGGUGCCCUCAACCGCGGAGCAGAGGAAGAUCCCGUUUGCCCGAGUCAAUCACGCCAAGUACAUGGUCACAGACAGGGUGGUCUAUAUAGGGACGUCCAACUGGUCAGAGAACUACUUCAGUCAAACUGCCGGUGUGGGCCUGGUUGUGAACCAGACGGGCUCAGACGUGGGGGAAGGCCAGCAGACUCUGCAGAGCCAGGCAGAGGAGCUCUUCCUCCGAGACUGGACGUCCCAGUACACCAGUGCCCUCUCUGUCGACAGCCUGGACGUAUGCCCCCGUGGCCGACACUGAUCCAUGAGGCACACUGCGUUGUGGCUGAGCAAUCCGCUUGCUCCUGGCGCUUUUUUUUUUUUUUUUUUACUGGCGCAGAAAGUAACUUGCUAAACUGUGUGAAGGAACACAGUCCUUUGUAUUGCUGUUCCCUGCCUGCCUGCCUUCUUCUGUAUAUAACUGCGAUUUUUAUAUUUAGUUUCAGAACGUGUUAUUUUUUUAAACUCUUAAUGAUUUGCUUAUUUUCUUACAUGGGCUGAGGCAUAAGGAUACUGGCUUUGUACAAUUUGUGUUAUGCCUGGAGCAUUUUGUAUAGUUUCCUCAAAGAGGGUCGGUUCCCAGCUUUAACAAUCUCACGCAGGAAAUUAAAGAUUUCCAAAGAGGUGCAAACACCACGGCCAUGUUUACGCUGCUGAAGCUGUUAGCUGUUAAUAUCGGUCCAUCCGUACACAAUUCUUGUAAAUACUGGCAAUUUUAAGUGAUGGCUGUGCUCAAGGAAGAAAUCUCAAUUGAACGUUUGCCACUGUGGACAGAAAAUAAUAAUGUUUGCUUUGAUUUGUGAUUGAAGUGUUUUGUUCUGAGUUUGAACCAGUUCCCCUGUGUGGAAUCUAUUUUACUGUAUCGAUAGUUGCUGUUUCUGCAUCUUGGAGCGCUUCAUUACCAGGGUGAAGACAAACGCAGGGACCUCCUGGCUCCGGAGGGAACAUCUCACUGAAUGUUUCAGCACCAAUAAAACCUGCUCCUCGGCUUCUUCAUGCACUA